AUGCCCCUUCUCGACCAUCGUUCCGGGCCGUCGUACGGUGCGAUUGAGAACAACGACAAGUACGGCGCUAUGGACGAGGAACGCGAUCAGCUCCUCCAACAUGGGGAUGCUACCGACGAUGAGACCGCCAGUCUCGACCCCAUGGGCGAGGCGCAAGAAGGCGUCUUGAAGAUUGAGGCAAUUAACAUGACGUGGACGACGCGCUCAUUGACCAUCGCAUACAUUAGCAUCUUUCUCAUGGCUUUCUGUACCUCCUUGGAAGGCCAGACGGUCAUGUCACUAUCAGCAUACGCAACGAGUGCUUUCAGCAAGCAUGCAUUGAUAUCGACAGUCCUAGUAAUACAGAAUGUGGUCAAUGCGGUGAUCAAACCACCAAUGGCAAAAGUCGCCGACGUCUUUGGUCGCUUCGAAGCCUUUUGCGUCAGCAUUCUCAUCUAUGUGUUGGGGUACGUACAAAUGGCCGGUUCGACCAACGUCCAGACCUAUGCGUCCGCUCAGAUCUUCUACUCGGCCGGAUCAACGGGCUUGCAGAUUCUCCAGCAAGUCUUCAUUGCGGACAGCAGUGAUUUACUCAAUCGAGCCUUCUUGGCGCUUUUGCCAGAGUUCCCCUUCUUGGUGACUGUCUGGCUCGGCCCGACCAUCGCCGACUCGGUCCUUCGUUCGUCUUCCUGGCGAUGGGGAUACGGCAUGUGGGCUAUCAUCUUGCCGGCUGCAUUCCUGCCGCUUGCCUUGUCCCUUUUGCUCAACCAACGCAAAGCUCGUCGGUUGAAUUUGAUCAAACGGCCGAGGCACAGACGCCAGCAAAGUCUUCUGCAGGUCGUGAAACGAACCUGGUAUGAUCUGGAUGUUGGUGGACUAGGACUCCUGUCUGCCGCGGUCACCCUGAUUUUGGUUCCCUUGACUCUGGCAUCAAAUUCACAACAUGGGUGGGGAAGCAGCCGUAUCAUCAGCAUGAUCGUCAUUGGUGUGAUCUGUCUAUGCAUACUACCAUUCUGGGAGGGAUCGAAGAAACUGGCACCGAAGCCGUUGCUCUCGCUGCACCUUCUUCGGCAACGAACCGCCCUCGCCGGUUGCGCAUUGGCGUUUUGGUAUUUCAUGGCUUUCUAUUUUUCUGUUCAGCCAUACCUUUAUUCCUACCUUCAGGUUGUUCAAGGUUACGAUGUGGCCACUGCCGGCCGCGUCACCCAGACCUUUGCCUUCACGUCGACCAUUGCGGCAUUCUCUGUCUCUCUUCUCAUCAAGUACUCCGGACGAUAUCGAAUUUACGUCACCAUCGGCAGUGUCAUAUACAUGAUGGGACUCGCUUUCAUGCUCCUGUGUCGGGGUGAAGGCGCCUCUCAUGCGCAGGUUCUCGGCGCUCAGAUCAUGGUAGGUUGUGGCGGCGGCCUGCUGAACGUCCCUGUUCAACUCGGAGUGCAGGCCUCUGCGAGUCAUCAAGAAGUUGCCGCUGCGACCGCCAUGUUCCUCACAUCCAUGGAGAUGGGUGGCGCUGUGGGAGCUGCUAUCUCGGGUGCCAUCUGGACUUCUCUCAUACCCAAGAAGCUCAUGAAAUAUCUGCCGGACGAGACCAAGUCCGAGGCCGGAGAGAUCUUUGGUAAACUGACCAAAGCGCUUUCUUAUCCGCCGGGGUCGCCCACUCGCGACGCGAUCAACCUCGCGUAUCAGGAAACCAUGCAUCGACUUCUCAAGUUGGCUCUUUUGGUGACGCUACCGCUCAUUCCACUGAGCUUGCUUAUGGAGAACUACGCACUUGAUAAGAUGACUUCGAGAGCUCACGCAAAUAAUGAACGCGACGAUACACCUCCCGUCGAGACCGACCCCGUUGUUGAUGACCCACGAUACAAGCAGACCUGA